CUAUCUGAGCACUUCUCUCCUCUUCUGCCAUCACACUCACUUGCUCACUUAUUCACCUCCCUCCUGGGCACCAUGACCACCUGCAGCCGCCAGUUCACCUCCUCUAGCUCCAUGAAGGGCUCCUGUGGCAUUGGCGGUGGUUCCAGCCGCAUGUCUUCCGUCCUGGCUGGAGGGUCCUGCCGGGCCCCCAGUGCCUAUGGGGGCAUGUCUGUCUCCUCCUCCCGCUACUCCUCUGGAGGUGUCUGCGGGAUGGGAGGCGGCUAUGGUGGUGGCUUCAGCAGCAGCAGCUUUGGUGGAGGACUGGGUAGCGGUUUUGGUGGUGGCUUUGGUGGUGGCUUUGGUGGUGGCUUGGGUAGUGGCUUUGGUGGUGGCUUGGGUGGUGGUGAUGGGCUCCUGGUGGGCAGCGAGAAGGUGACCAUGCAGAACCUCAACGACCGCCUGGCCUCCUACCUGGACAAGGUGCGUGCCCUGGAGGAGGCCAACGCCGACCUGGAGGUGAAGAUCCGCGACUGGUACCAGAAGCAGCGACCUGCUGAGACCAAGGACUACAGCCCCUACUUCAAGACCAUUGAGGAUCUGAGGAACAAGAUCCUCACGGCCACUGUGGACAAUGCUAACGUCCUCCUGCAGAUUGAUAAUGCCCGCCUGGCUGCUGAUGACUUCCGCACCAAGUAUGAGACGGAGCUGAACCUGCGCAUGAGUGUGGAGGCCGAUAUCAACGGCCUGCGCAGGGUGCUGGAUGAGCUGACCCUGGCCAGAGCCGACCUGGAGAUGCAGAUCGAGAGCCUCAAGGAAGAGCUGGCCUAUCUCCGAAAGAACCAUGAGGAGGAGAUGAACUCCCUGAGAGGCCAGGUGGGCGGAGAUGUCAAUGUGGAGAUGGACGCUGCUCCUGGCGUGGACCUGAGCCGCAUCCUGAAUGAGAUGCGUGAGCAGUAUGAGAAGAUGGCGGAGAAGAACCGCAAGGAUGCCGAGGACUGGUUCUUCAGCAAGACAGAGGAGCUGAACCGUGAGGUGACCACCAACAGUGAGCUUGUGCAGAGCGGCAAGAGUGAGAUAUCUGAGCUUCGACGCACCGUUCAGAACCUGGAGAUUGAAUUGCAGUCUCAGCUCAGCAUGAAAGCAUCUCUGGAGAACAAUCUGGAGGAGACCAAAGGCCGCUACUGCAUGCAGCUGUCCCAGAUCCAGGACAUGAUUGGCAGUGUGGAGGAGCAGCUGGCGCAGCUGCGCUGUGAGAUGGAGCAGCAGAACCAGGAGUACAAGAUCCUGCUGGACGUGAAGUGCCGUCUGGAGCAGGAGAUCGCCACGUACCGCCGCCUGCUGGAGGGCGAGGAUGCCCAUCUCUCCUCUGCCCAGUUCUCCUCUGGCUCUCAGUCCUCCAGAGACGUGAGCUCUUCCAGUCGCCAGAUCCGCACCAAGGUCAUGGACGUGCAUGAUGGCAAGGUGGUGUCUACCCAUGAGCAGGUCCUUCGUACCAAGAACUAAGGCCACUCAGUAUUGCUCUGAUCUAGCUCAUCCCUCCCCGCGCUGUGUGCACAGAUCUCAGUGGAGGACCCCCUCUAUCGUUCUCCAAGCACACCUGAGCCCUGCAUCACCCAUGACCCUUCCUGGCAUUCAAUAAAGUUCGUUAUCUGAGUUGCACAA